UUUAAUUUUUCAGUGCUUUAUUUUUAUUUUUAUUUCAGGUUUUCAACUUCUAAGCAAACACUGUCAUGGGUACCUGACUCUUUUUUUUCCAGUCUUCUAAGUGGUCGUAUAUCUUCUAUGAGAGAUGAAGAAGGAGCAAUAUUUAUUGACCGAGAUCCUGUAGUGUUCGUUCCAAUUUUGAAUUACUUGCGUACCAAGGAUUUGGAUGUGAGGGGGGUAAAUCUAACGACCUUAAGGCAUGAUGCAGAAUUCUAUGGAAUAUCCCCACUUGUGAAGAAAUUGUCAUUGUGUGAGGAUCUUGGUAGAUCAACCUGUGGUAAUGUGCUCUUUCAUGGCUAUCUCAACGCUCCAUGUUUCCCGGCUCGUAGUGAGCACCGAAACAGUAUCGCAACAGAAGCAGAGCUACAUUCCCGCCCAGGAUCAGCCCGCAGUUUAUCUGGACGAGACCACCGCCCUGUAUCUGCAACUGAGUACCCGAAAUCGGACAUUGAAAUGAGUUUAAAUAUAGACCCUAGGAAGGUGAUAAAUGUGACAGGUCAUCAUGGUUGGAUUGCUGUAGCCUACGCACACUUUGUCUGUUGCUAUCGCAUCAAAGAGUCCAGUGGAUGGCAGCUUGUAUUUACGACUCCAUAUCUUGAACAAUGUAUCGAAAGACUCGCUCUCAACUCAAAGGUCGUUGGGGUCACACAGACAGAUGGUCGUGAUAAGAUGCUUGCCGUUGCGUUUGGUAGUAUGAUUCGAUUAUGGUGCUGCCAAGAUGAUAGUUUACGGAACGAAAUAG